ACAAACAGUUGUAGCAUGAUGAGGAAGAAGGACUGGAGCAAACACACCGUGCCUUCCUUUUUAGCAGUUUGUGGCAAGGGUUACAGUCUGGUUCAUCAAAUGUAUUGCACUUGGGAACGAUCUGGGAGAGGGAAGAGUCCACAGCUGCUGCAGUUCCUGCCUCCAUGCAAACUGGCAAGUCUUUGCACGAACAAGGCAGAGCUGAAUGAAGGGGAUGGCCUGAGAAAGCCGGUGUGUGAAGACCUAGUUCACCUGCAGGCCUGCCCCCUCCUGUACUUGCCCAUCUGUGGGACCGAUGGAAAUACCUAUGCCAAUGAAUGCCAGCUCUGUGUGGAAAAAAUGAAAACCAGGCAAGACAUCCGGAUUUUGAAAGAUGGGCAGUGUCAAGAUACCUGAGCUUUCUGAUAGCUUUCCUGAGCCUAAACACAGGUGAUUAAUUGAUCCUGUGUGCUCUGUGCGAAUUGCACACUUAAGCUAGCUAUGGUGAAUAAUAAAAUAACAUGCACAA